GCUCGGAGGUAGAAAGGGAAGGUCUGGACAGGGUGGCUGGACCAGUGGCAGAAUCCAGUGGCAGACUCUGGACUUGAGGGUUCUAGGCUGUGGUCUGUAGAAGCAAAGGACAGAAGGACUCAAAUCCAGGCCAACUGUAUGGCUGUCUGAGGUGUUGGAACAGAAGGAGGUCCAUUCCUGUUGGUGACAACACUGUGGCCCUGUUCUGGGAUGACCGAGGUAUAAAGGUUGCCCCCAAGAAAGUGCAGCGGAGUCCUUGCGUCUUGUGGCAGCUGACGUGCCCAGCCCUGAGUCCGUGGGAGCUGAAGGCAGCCCGGCCCCUUCUCAUGGGCAGCGCCCACCUGUGCUGAGGUCCUGCGGUCGUGGCAAUAAGAGGAGCUGUGCAAUCAGUUGUCCCUGAAAAUGUCUGACAGUCUGGAUAAUGAAGAGAAACCCCCGGCCCCACCGCUGAGAAUGAACAGUAACAACCGAGAUUCUUCGGCACUCAACCACAGUUCCAAACCACUUCCCAUGGCCCCUGAAGAGAAGAAUAAGAAAGCCAGGCUUCGCUCUAUCUUCCCAGGAGGAGGGGAUAAAACCAAUAAGAAGAAGGAGAAAGAACGCCCAGAGAUCUCUCUUCCUUCAGACUUUGAACAUACGAUUCAUGUGGGGUUUGACGCAGUCACCGGGGAGUUCACUAACUCCCCCUUCCAGACUUCUAGACCUGUGACGGUCGCUUCAAGUCAAUCAGAGGGAAGAAUGCCAGAUCUCUAUGGCUCACAGAUGUGCCCAGGGAAGCUCCCAGAGGGAAUCCCUGAGCAGUGGGCACGGUUACUCCAAACCUCCAACAUAACAAAACUGGAACAGAAGAAGAACCCACAAGCUGUCCUGGAUGUUCUCAAAUUCUACGAUUCCAAAGAAACGGUCAACAACCAGAAAUACAUGAGCUUUACGUCAGGAGAUAAAAGCGCACAUGGAUACAUAGCAGCCCAUCCCUCGAGUACAAAAACAGCAUCAGAGCCUCCUUUGGCUCCACCUGUGUCUGAAGAAGAAGAGGAAGAAGAGGAAGAAGAAGAAGAUGACAAUGAGCCCCCCCCAGUUAUUGCACCAAGACCCGAGCAUACAAAAUCAAUCUACACUCGUUCUGUGCUGGAAUCCAUUGCUUCACCGGCAGCACCAAAUAAAGAGGUCACACCACCUUCUGCUGAGAAUGCCAACUCCAGUACUUUGUAUAGAAACACAGAUCGGCAAAGGAAAAAAUCCAAGAUGACGGACGAGGAGAUCCUAGAGAAGCUAAGAAGCAUUGUGAGUGUCGGUGACCCAAAGAAAAAAUACACAAGAUUUGAAAAAAUAGGCCAAGGGGCAUCAGGUACUGUUUACACAGCGCUAGACAUUGCCACAGGACAAGAGGUGGCCAUAAAGCAGAUGAACCUUCAACAGCAGCCCAAAAAGGAAUUAAUUAUUAAUGAAAUUCUGGUCAUGAGGGAAAAUAAGAACCCCAAUAUUGUUAAUUAUUUAGAUAGCUACUUAGUGGGUGAUGAACUAUGGGUGGUCAUGGAAUACUUGGCUGGUGGCUCUCUGACUGAUGUGGUCACAGAGACCUGUAUGGAUGAAGGCCAGAUAGCAGCUGUCUGCAGAGAGUGCCUCCAAGCUCUGGAUUUUUUGCACUCAAACCAAGUGAUCCAUAGAGACAUAAAGAGUGACAAUAUUCUUCUUGGGAUGGAUGGUUCUGUUAAAUUGACUGAUUUUGGGUUCUGCGCCCAGAUCACCCCCGAGCAAAGUAAACGGAGCACUAUGGUGGGAACUCCCUACUGGAUGGCGCCUGAGGUUGUAACUCGAAAAGCUUAUGGUCCGAAAGUUGAUAUCUGGUCUCUGGGGAUUAUGGCAAUCGAAAUGGUGGAAGGUGAACCCCCUUACCUUAAUGAAAAUCCACUCAGGGCAUUAUAUCUGAUAGCCACUAACGGAACCCCAGAGCUCCAGAAUCCUGAGAGACUGUCAGCUGUGUUCCGUGACUUUUUAAAUCGCUGUCUUGAGAUGGAUGUGGACAGGCGAGGAUCUGCCAAGGAGCUUUUGCAGCAUCCAUUUUUAAAAUUAGCCAAGCCUCUCUCCAGCCUGACUCCUCUGAUUAUCGCCGCAAAAGAAGCGAUUAAGAACAGCAGCCGCUAGGACCGCAAGGCCCACCCUA